CAGCUUCAGCUUAGAAGAUCAAACAAACUACCGAAUCAUACGUCAAAAAUUCUCCAAGUUCUUCGGUUUUUUUAUUAUAGUAUGAGUGAAGGCCAUGGUAAUGCAAGUGCAAGCUCCAGCUCAAGCUUGAAUAGCAGUUUCCAAGAUACAGAAGAUGAUCAGGCCAUGGCAACCUUCUUAGCAGAAGAGGAGAAUUUACACAACAAUGGAAAGCUUGGAAAAAGGCUUUCUCAUCUGGAUUCCAUUCCGCACACUCCUCGUGUCAAUGGGGAAAUACCUGAUGUGAAUGAUGCGACCUUAGAUCAUGAACGACUUUCUGAAAGGCUGGCUACUUAUGGUUUAGCUGAACUGCAAAUCGAGGGCGAUGGAAAUUGCCAGUUCCGAGCACUAGCAGAUCAGCUGUUCCGCAAUCGAGACUACCACAAACAUAUUAGAAGGCAGAUUGUCAAGCAGGUAAGGUUUAUGCUGCUCCACAAAUGCAAACAUUUCUCAGUUUCAGAUAUUAUCCCAUUGGAUAAAUAUUAG